ACUUCCUUUUAUAACCAGUCGGCCAUAGACGUGGCGGCGGAGAAGCCCUCCGUCCGCCUCACUCCAACCAUGAUGCUUUAUUCCGGCCGCUCUCAAGACGGCAGCCACCUUCUGAAAAGUGGCCGGUACCUGCAACAAGAACUGCCAGUAAGGAUCGCUCACCGCAUCAAGGGCUUCCGCAGCCUUCCCUUCAUAAUCGGCUGCAACCCCACCAUCCUGCAUGUGCAUGAGCUGUACAUUCGUGCCUUCCAGAAGCUGACAGAUUUCCCUCCGAUCAAGGACCAGGCGGAUGAAGCCCAGUAUUGCCAGCUGGUGCGACAGCUGCUAGAUGAUCAUAAGGAUGUGGUGACUCUCUUAGCUGAGGGCCUGCGUGAGAGCCGCAAGCAUAUAGAGGAUGAAAAACUUGUCCGCUACUUCCUGGACAAGACAUUGACUUCCAGACUUGGGAUCCGCAUGUUGGCCACGCAUCAUCUGGCACUGCAUGAGGACAAGCUGGACUUUGUUGGCAUCAUCUGCACUCGUCUGUCACCAAAAAAGAUUAUUGAGAAGUGGGUGGACUUUGCCAGACGCCUGUGUGAGCACAAGUAUGGCAAUGCCCCCCGAGUCCGCAUCAACGGACAUGUGGCCGCUCGUUUUCCCUUCAUCCCUAUGCCACUGGACUACAUCCUGCCCGAGUUGCUCAAGAAUGCCAUGAGAGCCACCAUGGAGAGUCACCUAGACACUCCCUACAACGUCCCGGAUGUGGUCAUCACUAUCGCCAACAAUGAUAUCGAUUUCAUCAUCAGGAUUUCAGAUCGGGGUGGAGGAGUCGCUCACACAAACUUGGAUCGGGUCAUGGAUUACCACUUCACUACAGCGGAGGCCAGCACCCAGGAUCCCCGUAUCAGUCCCCUCUUUGGCCAUCUGGACAUGCACAGUGGCAGCCAGUCAGGACCCAUGCAUGGUUUUGGCUUCGGGUUGCCCACGUCUCGGGCCUACGCAGAGUACCUUGGUGGUUCCCUACAGCUGCAGUCCCUGCAGGGCAUCGGCACAGAUGUCUAUCUGCGGCUCCGACACAUCGAUGGCCGGGAGGAAAGCUUCCGAAUCUGACCCCUGGCCUGCUUGCCUGCCAGGACCUUCUGGGUUGGGCACAGUGGCACUCUGCUCCACACACUGCUGCACCUUAGGUCUUCAGGCCUCAGCCAGAAGGACUUACAUGGAGCUGGGUGCCACCCCUCCUCAGUAGAGCCCACUGGUUUCUCACCUCCUGGUUGUGGAGGGGAGGAAGCAGGGACCUCUGGGGCUCUAGCACCAGCUCUGUUAUUCUUGUUCCUGGGGAACCCCUAUUUGACCUGCUGUUUGUUAUUAAAAUUCACAUUCUGAAUGUC